AUGGCCGUCCCUUCAAAGAGCCCUUGGGCUUGGAGAAGAAUUUUAAAUUGUAGGAGCAAGGCUCUUACGUUUAUUAAAUAUAUUCCUGGACUUUCAUCUGAUUUCUUACUUUGGCAUGAUCCGUGGCUAAAUAAUAAGCCACUGAAACAACAAUAUGAUGAUUCACUGUUGUCUGCUUUGGAGUCUCACUCUUUUGCUUUGCUUAACAGUAUUCAACGUGAUAAUACUUGGUUUCUGGGUGUUAGCAACUAUCUUCCUGUUCGUGAUUUGCGGGCUCAUUGUGAAAACAUUCUGAUCAGGGGCAUGGACAGAAUUAUUUGGGAUUCUGGUGGGACUUCUAUUGUCUCAGCAUCUUCAAUUUAUGGCUCCAUGGUCGAUCAUCGUAAUGCCCCUCCUUGGCUACCGUUUGUAUGGAGUCGAUUCAGGAUUGCAAAGCAUGCAUUCACUGCAUGGAUUAUUAUGAAAGAGCGUCUUCUAACAAAAGACAGAAUGCAAUCUUUUCACCUUAAUGUUAAUCAGCUAUGUUUGUUAUGUGGAAAUUGCAAUGAGAACCAUCAACAUCUGUUUAGCACAUGCAACUUCUCGAGAACUAUUUUUAAUGCUUGCCCACUUACUGUUAGUGUCUCAUGGUCUGAUAUGUGUGCUGGGCGGUUUUUCACUAUCUCUUCGGAUGGAAUUAGGACCAAUAUUGCCUACUUGUUUCUUGCUGCUGCUUUCUAUAAUAUUUGGUUUGAACGAAAUCUUCGUUUGCAUCAUCCUGGGAAAUUCAAUCAGCCGAAUAUUAUUAUUCGAAGAAUUCAAGAAGAUAUUAGAGGAUGUUUGCACAACAGUGAAGCUUUUAACAGAGCUGCCAGACUUGAUGUCACCCUUCACAGCUUUAUCUAUUAA